AUGACCGACUUCAUGUGGCGCCAAGUACCCAUUGAAGAGACGCAGUGCUGCCUUAGACAGCUUGUGCAGACUGCCGAUGAAGAUAGAAUCCGGAGUAUCUUUGCCAAGUUUCUCACUGCGCCCACGGAAUUACCGGAUCAAAAGACCGAAGCUGCAGAUACUCUCUGUGAAGUUUUUGGCAUUGCACGACUCAUUGAAACGAACGGGAGAAAGCCGUAUGAAGUAUGGUGCGCCUCGAACGACAUCAUGCGGGAGGCAGAAAUCUGUUUCGAGGGUAACGAAGAGAAAUCAUGGUUCUUGGCUGACAGUAUUCCCAGUGGAAUUGAAGUCGGAGAAGAAGCGAUGGCCAUGCGCAAGCAGGUGAAGAUAUUCGUAGCCUCGGAGCCAAAGUUGAGCGAGUUAGUUAGUAAAUACUACGAGCUCUGUGAUAUGUCUGAGGAAGAGGUGGAGGCAUCAAGGCGUUGA